AUGACGCCAGAAAUGAGGGAGGAAGGCAUACAAACGAUUGAAACUAACACAGGCCGUCCAUUCUCCGCUAGUGAGCUCAAGACCAUUGAACAAGGAUGUUCAACAACCCUCGUCGCAGCAUUGGAUCCAACACUUCCAUCCGGAAGUUUCUUGGGAGACUGCAUCGUAGCCGCACCUGAAGUCUACGCGAGAGACCAAGAGAAAGCUGAAUUGCUGUGGGCUUUGAGCGAGAGACUGGUCGGACAGACGUUCGAAUGGUAG